CACCGCCGCGCGAGUACCCGGGGCAAGACUACUGUCCACUGUGUGCCGCGUGUGGCCUGGCGGGGACACACGACAGGCAGUGUGUGUGUGUGUGUGUGUGUGUGUGUCAUCUCCGUGCAGGGUCGGGCGGCAGACUCACCGCCACACACCCACAGCCUCCUGUCAGACACUCACCACCAUGACAGCCUGAACAAGGCCUAGCGAGGCAUGCCUAAGCCUAGGUGAAGCUGAUCCUACGAGGGGAAGGAUGACGGAAGACACGCCCCAGAGGAAGACGUCAGCCAGGAAUCCCCGCGCGGUCAGCCUCUUGCUGGGGGUGCGGCAGCAGCAGCAACCGAUGGCAAGUCUGGAGAAGCAGGGUGAGAUGGAGGUGUGGCCAGGCCUGUACGCACACCUCACCUCCCAGCUGAUGGCCCUGGUGUGGGGCAAGGUGGUGCUGGUGCUGGAGGUGUGGCCAGGCCUGUACACACACCUCACCUCCCAGCUGAUGGCCCUGGUGCGGGGCAAGGUGGUGCUGGUGCUGGAGGUGUGGCCAGGCCUGUACGCACACCUCACCUCCCAGCUGAUGGCCCUGGUGUGGGGCAAGGUGGCGCUGGUGCUGGAGGUGUGGCCAGGCCUGUACACACACCUCACCUCCCAGCUGAUGGCCCUGGUGCAGGGCAAGGUGGUGCUGGUGCUGGAGGUGUGGCCAGGCCUGUACACACACCUCACCUCCCAGCUGAUGGCCCUGGUGCAGGGCAAGGUGGUGCUGGUGCUGGAGGUGUGGCCAGGCCUGUACACACACCUCACCUCCCAGCUGAUGGCCCUGGUGCAGGGCAAGGUGGUGCUGGUGCUGGAGGUGUGGCCAGGCCUGUACACACACCUCACCUCCCAGCUGAUGGCCCUGGCGUGGGGCAAGGUGGCGCUGGUGCUGGAGGUGUGGCCAGGCCUGUACGCACACCUCACCUCCCAGCUGAUGGCCCUGGUGCGGGGCAAGGUGGUGCUGGUGCUGGAGGUGUGGCCAGGCCUGUACGCACACCUCACCUCCCAGCUGAUGGCCCUGGCGCGGGGCAAGGUGGUGCUGGUGCUGGAGGUGACCAGUCUGACCUCACCCAAACAUUGUGGCAGGAACUGAGCACCACACAUCCACACACUGGGUGGGUGGUGCCUGCCGUCCUGGCCAAGAGUGCCGCCCACACCCUCAGUGCCUUGCUGGGCCACCACUGCCCCCCUGCUGGACCCCCCUGCAGCCAUCACCAAGGUG